AUGGGACAUAAAAACAGCAAAAGAAUUAAUUCCGUUUUAGAAAAAUUGAAUGACAAAAACUUUAAAGAAUCAGACUUGUGCACCGAAUUAUCAUCUCUGGGUAACAAUUUGUGCAAUGAUAAAGAUUUUUUCGUAGUUAAAAAAAUUGUAGAUGAUGAACGAAGCAUAUAUACGCUAUUUAAAUUCUUAAUGAGCACGCUGAGGAAGUUGGUGCUCAAGGAUUCCUGUGGAUACAUAGAUGAGUGCAAGGCAUGCGUAAAAAUAUGGCUUAUGGUACUUCCAGUAAUACAGUAUAACUAUCAGAAAAAAGAGGUUUUUAAUUUAUUGUGGAAAGAAAAUAAUGUAAAAAGACCAAUUGAGCAGAAUUAUAUAUACACUAACAAUAUUAUAAUUCUACACAUGUACAAUUUCUUCUUAAUCACCUUGUUCACUGAAGAUAUAUGCAUUAAAAAAAGAAGAAGUUGCAAUGGGAAGAAUGCUCUAUCAAAAUGGAAUGAAAACACCAUUUCGAUAGACGCAAUUGAUGUGUGCAAAUUAUGGAUACACAAAUUUUCAAUUCAUUCUCAGAACCAAUGUGUAAAAAGUAGGAAUAAUACACAGAACAUUCAAAAUAAUGCACAUAACCAGUGUAUGAAGAAACAAGGAAAUUCCCCAUCCAAUGGAAACAAGCGAGUCAUUUGUAGUGGUGAUGAUCUUGAUAUAAAGAAUUCCAAAGUGUUCCAAGAAUGCACAUGUGAGAAUGGAAAAAGGAACGGUAAUUCUUCUCUUGAAGAAAUGAACCCAGACUACGGAUUUUCGAAAGGUCAAAGGUGCUUAAAACAUUAUGAAGUGGAUGAAAAUGCUACAUCAAAUUUGAAGAACUUAACUAGUGCUGACAUUGAAAUACCAUCACUUGAUAGUGACAUAAACCUAGAACUAAUAAAAAACAGAACUAUCAUUUUAAAAUGUCUAUUAAUUCUAUUAAGUUCGUACAUAUAUCUUGAUGAAAGGAAAUAUUUAAAAGAGAAAAAUUUUUUUUUGUUUCUUUUUACAAGUGGAGAAGUGUGCUACACAGCUAACUUUUUUUUUUCCCUUCUAAACGUCAUAUAUGACAACGAAUUUAAUUACUUUAAUUUUUUCUUUUAUGACAACACAUAUUUAGAAUUUUACAAUAUAUGUAUUCACCUUAUGAACAUAUUAAUUGAUUUUAAUCCUUUUAUUUUGGAAAAUAAUAAGAAGAUUCAUUAUAUGAACGACACAGUGCGAUACUUUUACAGCAUCUCACGUCAGGAUGUUAAGCGGACGGGAUACGAGCUCAGGGAACAUGUCAGUGAUGCACCAUUUGAAAGUACCUGUUUAUCCAAUAAUGAAUCGUUAAGCAAAAACGGAAAGGAUUCCAUAAAUUGGGGUGACGAGUUAGUGACCUGUGGUGAUAGUGAUAUUAGUGAUAGUGCUAGUGGUGAUAGUGCUAGUGGUGAUAAUGCUAGUGGUGAUAAUGCUAGUGGUGAUAGUGCCAGUAGUGAUAGUGACUCUGGGGAUAGUGGCGGUGGUGGUAGGGAUGCCUACAACUACUACCACUGUGAGGAUAGAACAAAGGAAGAACACCACCAGAAUGACAAAGAUGAACAAAGAAUUUAUGAAGAAUUUGCAAAUUCACCUGUUGAUUUUAUUAUUUUUAAUGAUUCCCUUGAUGAGUCUACAUGUAACUCAUCUAGUACCUGCACAGACAGAAAACAGAACAAUGAUAUGGGCACGUGUGAAAUUCAAAAAAAAAAAAAAAGAAAAAAAAAAAUUCCACAUUUAGAACAUGUUUUGAGAAAUCGAAAAUUUUACUUAAAAGAAAUUAAUGGAGUGGAGAAGAAUUCAAAUGAGAAGAAGGAGAAGAAGGAGGAAUACUAUUAUGAUUUUUUAAAAAAACAAAAGUGGAAAAAAUUGCAUACCAAUAAUGUAUAUAUAGAAAUGCUGCGUAAAUUGGAUGCAAGCAAUAUUGAAUAUAUAUACAAAGGAGCGUUAAACAUAUUGAUAAGCUACAAAUUAUAUUAUGAAAAUUAUAACGAAAAUGUUUUAUUUAUCCAUAACUACUUAUGUUUACUAUGGCACUUGAUGAAUAACAACAGGCUUUUUAUCAAGCACAUGAAAAAUCAUAGUAGCAGCGUAUUCCUCUUUCACAUUCUGUACAUACUGAUAUGUUUCAAUCAUCAGAGAAGAAGAGAAAUGCAAGCAUUGGCUAACAUGAGGAAGAAUCAGAAGGAGGCAGAUUGCAUAUCCACACCAAGAGUGCAUAUAAGGAUGGCAAGUACAAAAUUGGAAAAUAAAACUAUGAACACAACUAUCAUCGAGGAUAACAAUGAUCAGUUUAUCUACAACAAUGAAAACUUCAAUGAAUCAAGAAAAUGCGACGAUUUCAAUAUUCGCAAAAUAGACGGAUUGAUUUACAUUUGCCUUUUCAUAAUCCUUAAAGUGUCAUCCAAUUCUACUAUUUGUAAAAAUCUGAAUCAAAAGUAUGAUCAGAAAAUAAAGGUAAAUUUUCAAUUAAGAAAUGUGUAUCAAUUUGACUCUUAUGUGGAUUUCCUAGUGUACUCCUUAUGUAUGCUAAUAAAUGACAACAUUUUUUUUUUAAAAUUUGAGCGUAUUAUAGAUAUGUCAAUUACCAUUCUCACAAAUGUGAGUGUUUAUAUAAAAUCAAUGAACACCUAUUCUUGCGAAUGUAUAAUUAGUAUUUUAAAAAAAGUUUUAAAGAAGGAAUGGAUUUUAUCUUCCCAGAAUCAUUAUUACGCACUAUUUCUUAUACUGGAUUUUAUAAACAACAUUUUAUCGCACAACUUAAAUGAUAAUCACAAUUUCAUUUAUAUGAUUAUAAAGAAUAAAGAUGUUUUUUUUUCCAUUCAUAACUUGGAUCAAGUAUUAAAAAGCAAUUGUCUCUUUUCCUCCAGCACCCCUAUCGAUUACUGGGUACCAACGGAAAGUUGGUUAGUCAACUGGAAAAAUAAGCUACCAAUGCAGUUCAUCAACAGCAUAAUAUACGAUUUGGCGAAUUUGAUUGAAGAAGAGUGCGACGAGAAGGAAAUACUAGACUAUAACGAUGUUGUAGAUUUAAUUAAACACCAUUGUUCUACUAUAAAAAAUUAUAAAAUCCCUUUCAUAAUAAGAAAAUAUGAGAAGAAUAUUCUUUUGUCUAAAUGGGUUACUAGCUACAUAUAUUUUAUCCUGUUUUUUCACUUGUAUAAGGAAAAUCUGUUCAUAAAUAGUGGAAUUAAGUUCAUAUUUUAG